AUGAGCUCUGAGUCACUCGAGCCCAAGCCCGAGGCCGAGAAACAUCAUGCCAUCGCGGUGUCGACUCAGGAAGUUGACACGGGGGCGCAGCUAGCCGCUGGGUUCUCUGGAGAACUCGACCCGGAGGAAGCUUUGCGUAUCCGGCGAAAGAUUGAUUGGCACAUCUUGCCUCUGAUGUUCAUGCUGUACUGGGUGCAGUUCAUGGAUAAGACAACGUUGGGUAGUGCAGCGAUUAUGGGCAUCAUUACGGACACUAAUCUAACCAACAAUCAGUACAAUUGGCUCGGCACGGUCUUCUACCUAGCAUACCUCUCAUUCGAGUAUCCCCAAAAUCUUGCCUUACAACGCUUUCCUGUCGGCAAAUGGAUGAGCAUCAACGUCUUCAUUUGGGGCAUUGUAUUGUGCUGCCACGCUGCGUGUAAGAACUUCGCCGGGCUCAUGGUUUGCAGGAUCAUGUUGGGUGUCUGUGAGGGCGCCAUCACCGCCGGCUUCAUGAUUGUCACCUCCAUGUUCUACACGCGGAAGGAACAGACGUUGCGAACCGGCUACUGGUUCCUGAUGAACGGCACCGCCCUAAUCAUUGGUGGCUUCAUUAGUUUUGGCUCUUUGCAUAUUCGUACGCCCGGCUUCGCGUCGUGGAAGUGGCUCAUGAUCAUCACCGGCAUUAUCACUCUAGUACUCGCCGUGUGCUACUGGUUCCUCUUUCCCGACUCUCCUACGACUGCUUGGUUCCUUACCAAGGAUGAGAGGAUUAAAGCUGUCAAUAGAAUCAAGGAAAACCAAACUGGAAUCGAAAACAAGAAGUUUAAGAAGGAACAGAUGAUCGAAGCGCUUCAAGAUCCCAAGACCUGGAUUUUCGCAAUCUUUGCCGCUUUGACGCAGAUUGCCAACUCGCUUACCAACCAGCAAUCCAUCAUCCUCAAGUCCUUCGGCUUCACGACACUGCAGACGACUCUACUCAACUGCGCAUGGGGAGGCAUUACCAUCUUCGAUAUUUGGUCGGGCGUUGUCCUUGCCGCGCGCUUCAAUCAGCGCGCAUACGUUGGCGUUGCUUACUUCAUCCCGUCCCUAGUUGCCAUAUUGAUACAGAACCUGCUCUCGGGGACCGCCAAGGUCGGGUUGUUGAUUACCCAGCUAUUCGUCGGAAUCCAUAUCACCAGUUUUGUGCUCGCCCUGGGCUGGGUUGGAACCGUAACCGCGGGCCACACGAAGAAGGUGGUUACGAAUGCGAUCAUGCUGUCGGCGUACUGCAUCGGCAACGCUGCCGGCCCAUUCAUGUGGCAAGAAAAGUACAAGCCUCGGAACCAUGUUCCCUGGAUCAUAAUAUGCGUGUGCGAUAUCGUCGCCGCCAUCCUGCUCCUUGUCCUAAGGCACAUAUUGGCCAAAGAGAACCGUAAGCGUGACAGCGAGCCCACGGACGAUACAUACGAGGAUGUCUACAUCGAACGUGUCUCCGAGGAUGGGGCCGUUACAAAAGUCCGCGUGGAAAAGCAAUUCCUCGAUCUGACUGAUAGGCAAAACCGCGACUUCAGAUACGUUCUGUAG